UUCCAGUACAUUUGAAGAGCUCAAGCCAGCGACUUCUGUUUGGAGCAACAAUGUCUGGAAAUGCGCAUGUGAAAAAUCUAGAUAAUAGAAUAUCUAGAUAAAAAAUAGUCUAGAUAAAAGAAUGGGAGAUAUUUUGACCAAUUAAGGUUCAGUAAAGCAAAAUCUACAAAGCAGCAUGGUAAGUAAUCUUAGUAAGAUCAUUCAGAUGGAGAUAAAAAUAGAGAAAUUAAACUGCUGUCUUGGAGGGAACUGAUAAUAACCCCUCCUCCUGCCUCUAUGUCAGAACAGGCUGUGCUCUCAUCCCAUGACAUAAAAGGUUAAACUUCAGCUCCCUGCUUCUUUGUCUGGAACCCAUCUCCUGCUCUGAUUGUCUGACAUCUGGCUGCUGAAUCCCCACUCCCCAGUGACUUCUUCCUCUGAAUGAAAAGCAGGUUUAUUGACUGGAACAGUUUCCUUCACUCAGGUUACAGGAUUAUUACCUUUUCUGGAUGAUAUCUGGAUUCAGUGGAAUGACUGUGAUCUGAAAUGUAAUGGUUUAACCCUGGGAUCCCAUAUUGGGUAUGCUCAUCUCCUCCCUUUAGCCUGCACAUUGGCCACUACUAGAAAUAGUUCAUACAGAGCAACACCAAAGGGAUCCACAUAUCUCUAGCCAUAAACCAAGUAUGCAGAAGUUUCAGCAAAGCCAAAAAUGAACAUUUCAGUGUGGUGACCCUUUCCCAGGUCUUCUCUAACAACUCUUCAAUGGACCUCUGUCUGUUAUAGCAUGGGGUCACCGCUUCUACCCACAAAGCUGCUGUUAUACUUUGCCAUUCUGAGUCUUGCUGGAUCUUCAAGUCAUGGAAGUGACCUGCAGGAACUUUACUCCAGAGCUGCGAACACCAACACAACCAGUGACUGCAAUAUCCAAAACCAGACUGUAAAUCCUGUGUACCAUUAUCUCCAGCAACCCAGCUUUGUUUGGACAACAUACAAGAGGGACAAGCAGUUUGGCACUUUCAGAUUCGGCAUUGGCAUCAGUAAAAAUGGCAGACAGGUGGGCAAGACUGUAAGGGACACAAUGGUUCCUGCUGUACAAGUCAGAGGUAACGAGCAGGUAAAUGUGACAGUGGCCGUAGAGACCAACAAGACUGAGACCUCCCUGAUAAUCAUCUCAUGUCAGCUUGUGAAUCAGCAGAGUGGGACCAGAACCUUCUUCAUCCAUGAUGGAUGCCUUGAUGAAAAUAUUGCAGAAGAAAUAAGGAGAGAAGACAGUGAAGUCAAAUUCGGCUUACGCCUCUACGGUCUCCACUUAUCAAGUGGCACCUCAUCAGUACUAAUAACCUGUGAAGUAAAGCUAUGCCAGAGCAUCAACCAAUCACAACCUUGUCCCUCUAGCUGUCCAUUGACGCAGCUGGUAGAGGAAACAAUCAUCUCAGUGCGGGAGACAGGAAUUUACCACGUGACUACAAAACUCAUCUAUGCAGCGAAGGAAUUCAGGCGAGCUUCUACCAAUUACACAGCAGUAGUUGUCGGACUCGUCCUGGGGGGUACCGUUCUGGCAGUGGUGGUGCUGUUGGUGAGAAAAUCAUUUUCCGGAGUUCGCCAUCAGAAUGCCACAGUGGAUCUCUAACUCCUAUUCGAACAUAUUACUUAUCCCAGAGACAGGGCUCCUAACAUUACUUAAACUUUUUUGAGGAAGGUUUUAUUAUGCUAUUAUUAUGUUAACAUAAUAAUUUUUUUAUUGCCCUUAAUACUACGCGUCAUUAACUAGAGGACUGAAAAAGCUCAUUGAAUAAACAAUAUUGCGUAUGUUGAAUAUAUUGCAGAUGAGCUGUUCUCAACAACAAAUGAACUGCAGGUUAUUUCCUGCUGGGAAAUGAUUUGAAAAUAGGCUAGUAUGUGGCCUGUUGAGCAUGCCAUGGAAAUGAUUACCCUGUCCUACACGUGUAAAUAUGGAAUGGCCAACAAUACCUUUUCCUCUUGUAGAAGAUCUGGUUACAGAAAUGUUAAACAUUGCAUUUAGCUUUCUGCAUAGGUUAACAACUACAAGCUCAGUUCCAGGAACAAAAUGGUUGUGCCACUGCACCUGCCCGGAAAAUAAUAUGAUGGGAAUAGUGCAAAUGACUGAUUUAGGGAAGUAAAAUGGGUAAUAAAGCAAAGACUCCAUACUACACCUUGAUCUGAGCUUAAACACGAGGGAUGCCAAUGGCGUGCCACGUAUUCCUGAAUGACAUGGGUCUUUCUUGCAGAGCAAUGUGCUACUAACUACCAGUUCGCCAGGUCUAAGGUGGCGAAGGAAACUUUAGCGAAAGAGGUAACAUACUGUAAAAUUAGUAGU